GCAAUAGCUUUUGCUGAUGGCCUUCCACUAGCUCUAACAAUUUUAGGUUCUCAUCUUCGUAAUACAGGAAUACAACGUUGGCAAGUUAUAUUAGAUGAUUACAAAGGACAACCUUAUACAGCAUAUUGAAAGAAUACUUCAAAAAAGUUAUGAUGCCUUGGAUGAUGACGCAAAAGAAGUUUUUCUCGACAUUGCAUGUUUCUUCAAGGAUGCAAGUAAGGACGUUGUGCUACAAAUAGUCCCUAAAAAUUGCAUUGAAGUACUAGUUGAUAAGGCAAUGAUAACUGUUGAAUGGGAUAAUAGGAUUUUAAUGCACGACUUGCUAGAAAAACUGGGCAAGGAUAUAGUUCACAAAGAAUCCCCCAAUGAUCCCGGCGAGCGUAGUAGAUUGUGGUUUUACGAGGAUGUCAUACAAGUUCUAAUGGAAAGUACUGGAACAAGAAAGAUUAAAGGCAUCAUGGUGAAGCUUCCAAAACCAGCUGAGAUAACUUUGAAUCCAGAGUGCUUCCGUAAUAUGGUGAAUCUUCAAAUUUUCAUAAACCAUAAUGCAUCUCUAUGUGGGGACAUUAACUAUCUGCCCAACGCGUUAAGAUUUAUUGAUUGGCCUAGUUGUCAGUUACAAUCUUUGCCACCCAAAUUUCAAGGAUAUUGUCUUGUUGAGUUCAGAAUGCCACGCAGUCAUAUCAGACAAUUGGAGGGAUUUAAGUAUUCGCCAAACCUGACAUGUAUGAAUUUGCAUGGUUGUCAAUUCUUAGAAAAAAUCCCAGACUUAUCCGGAAUCCCAAACAUAAAGUACUUGUUUCUAAGUGACUGUACAAGUUUGGUUGAGCUUGAUGAUUCUGUUGGAUUCCUUGAUAAACUUGUUGUUUUGGAUCUUGCGGGAUGCGUUAAGCUUAUGAGGUUCGCAACAACACUUAGAUUGCCAAACCUGAUAGAUAUGAAUUUGCGUGGUUGUCAAUUCUUAGAAAAAAUCCCAGACUUAUCCGGAAUCCCAAACAUAGAGUACUUGUUUAUAAGUGACUGUACAAGUUUGGUUGAGCUUGAUGAUUCUGUUGGAUUCCUUGAUAAACUUGUUGUUUUGGAUCUUGAGGGAUGCGUUAAGCUUAUGAGGUUCGCAACAACACUUAGAUUGCCAAACCUGAUAGAUAUGAAUUUGCGUGGUUGUCAAUUCUUAGAAAAAAUCCCAGACUUAUCCGGAAUCCCGAACAUAGAGUACUUGUUUAUAAGUGACUGUACAAGUUUGGUUGAGCUUGAUGAUUCUGUUGGAUUCCUUGAUAAACUUGUUGAUUUGGAUCUUGAGGGAUGCGUUAAUCUUACGAAGUUUGGAAGAAGAUUUAGAUUGAAAUCCUUAGAAACACUGGACCUAAAGGGUUGUGCAAGUCUUGAGAGUUUCCCAGAAAUAGAAGUGAAGAUGGAAUCACUAAGAAGAUUGACAACCAAGUUACGAUCUCUUAAUCUAUCUGGAGCCAACUUUGUCACGCUUCCAGAAUGCAUUAGCAAAUUUGUGAGCUUGAAGUAUCUUACCUUGCGUGAUUGCAAGAGUCUUCGAGAAAUUCCACAAGAAGUACUUCCACCAAGAGUAUGUUGGGUAUCCCUGGAUAACUGCACAUCAUUGGAAAAAUUUCCAAAACUGCCACUAUCAUCGGAGGUUAAGUAUGUGAGUUUGAUGAAUUGCGUUAGCCUACGUGGCUAUGACAUCGCAGAAAAUAGUAUUCUGGAUCAGGUAUCUUCUCUUCCGCAUCCUCAAUUUGAAAUUUAUCUUCCAGGCGAUGAAGUACCAAAGUGGUUCAGCUGUUGUAAAGAUGCAACACUAGUUAAAGACGAAUUCUCUUCUGAUGAGGAAGAGGAAGACGAAUACUCUGCUCGAUGUGAAGUUUGUUUUGAAAUUCCUCCAAAUUUAGAUUGGGAGACGUCAAGAUUGGUUAUAUGUGUUGUUAAUAAGGGAAACGUAUGUGGGAAUGAAUGCACCGCACUGACAAGUGUUCAUAUCAAUGGAGAACGGGUCGGCGAGAUAUUUAUGGUGAUAGAGGACAGUAAUGUGGGUCUUAGCUGUAUUCCAUUAUCGAAGCCGAGGAACAACAUAGCA